GCCCUGCCAAUCAAUGCUGUGCCAAUGGAGUGCCACCCCAGUGCCAUGCGGUGCCGCGUCGUUUCCACGCCAUGCCAAAGCCGUGCUGUGCCAAUGCAAUACCCUGCCAAGGCCAAGCUAGGCCUAUGGAAUGCUGUGCCAAUGGAAUGCUGUGCCAAUGGAAUGCUGUGCCAAUGGAAUGCUGUGCCAACCCAGUUCCUCAUGCCCGUUUCUCCCCCAGCUGCACCCACUCCUCGACCCGGAGCUGGGCAAUGCCGAGGGGCGGCUGGCACAGCUCGAGGAAGCAUCGCAGGCACUGCUGGCAGAGCUGGAGGCACUGGAGGCGGAGGUGGAGCUGGAGCAGCUGUGCCGGCAGCGAGUCCAGGCCUUUGUGGCACAGGGGCAGCAGGAGAAGGCGCGGCCGAGGCGGCUCAGCCCGCUCGGGGCGGCCCAGGAGGGGACACCCGAGGAGGGGACACCCGAGGAGGGGACACCCGAGGAGAUGCCACCCGAGGGGGUGACCGCGGAGGAGGACCCCGACCCUGCCCCGCGCUCCGGGCAGCAGCUCCCAGAGCUGCAGGAACGGCUCUCCCGGCUCCUGGAGCAGCAGGAGGAGCUCACGGGGCAGGUCCAGGAGCUGCAGAGGCAGAACCAGCACCUGCAGGCCCAGCUGGAGCUGGAGCAGGAGGAGCGGCAGCGCCUGCGGGCGGCCCUGGGCACCAGCCAGCGGGCACUCGGGUCCUUCAAGAGAGUGUCCCAGAUCGUCACCCAGGAUUACUGGGAGGCGCUGGAGCAGCUGGAGCUGGAGCAGGACCUGCGGCUCCACGCCGAAGCCUUCGCCCACGAGAUGCUGGUGCAGCAGAAGGAGGCGAACAGGCAGAGCUCGAUCCUGCUGCGGGACGGGCCCGAGGCCCGGGUGGGGGCCGCGCUGCAGGAGCUGGGGCGGCUCAGCCGGGAGCUGGAGGAGACCAGGAGGGAGCAGCGGCAGCGGGUGGAGGAGCUGGAGGAGCAGCUGCGGACGCGGCCGGAGCCGGAGGAGCUGGAUCGGGCCCGGGAAGCUCUGGUGGAGGCGGAGGAGGAGAAGCUGGAGCUGAGGAGGAGGCUGGAGGAGGCUGAGGGGCGGCUGGGGGGGCUGGAGGAGGAAGUGGGAUCCCUGCGGGAGAAGCUGGCCCGGGACCCUCCGCCACAGCACCGGACCCCCGAGCCCCCGCCGCCCCCACCGCUGCCACCGCCGGGCCCCGCUGUCCCCGUGGACCCCCUCGCCGCCAUCAGGCUGAGGAAGGGGGUGGCAAAGCGGCAGCACAGUAACCUAAAAGCCCAGGAUGUCAGAGCCCAGGAUGUCAGAGCCCAGGAUGUCAGAGCUCGGGCCGUGCAGGAGAUGAUGGAGCGGAUCAGGAGCGGGGUGGUCCUGCGGCCAGCCAAGGACAGGGCACACCUGGGCCAGGAGCCGGUGGCCGGGAAGAGGAGGAGCGCGGUGCUGGAGCUGCAGGGAAUCCUGGGUGCCAUGAGGAGGCCGAGCCGGAGGUGCAGCGGGCGCCGGGGCAGCGCCAAGGGCCGGGACCGGCAGCUGGAAUCCAUCCUGCAGCGGCGGCGCCGGGCCGUGGAUGCAUCCGCGGGCACCUCCACGGGCACUUCCACGGGCACCUCCAAGGACACCUCCGUGGGCACCCGCAGCCCCCCCGCCCAGGAGCAGGCCGGGGCUGUGAGCGGUCCAGAGCCCGGGAACACGGGCACGGCCCCAGCCGGGUGUCCCCCGGAGGGCAGGGACGGGGACAGGGGCCCGUUCAGGCCCCGGGUGGGUGGUGGCCUCCCCAGGACACGUCCCCCGAGCCGCCGGGCCGGAGGCAGCGGGAGCCCCGGGCAGGAGCAGCAGCAGGGCACUUCCCACCCUCCCGGGCUUCAAUGA